AUAUAAUAAAAAAUAUUAACAGUGGUCUAAUUCUUUUUAUUAAAACGAUGUUCAAAAUUAUUUAGAAUAGUUAAUAAUUUACUUCAGUGUAAAUAUUAUAAAAUAGUAUCUUCAGAUAGGAAUUUGUAGAACGCUUAUUGUUUUGAAGAAAGUUUUUUCGUAAAGAAAAAAAUUGUGUGUAAUGUCAUUUAGAAUUAAAAAAAAUGAUUUACAGUUGCGCAAUACUUUUGGGAAUCAUUACAACAUUGUCACAAACAUACGAGAUUCAACAUCAUUUGAAUGGCACUGUUACUCCAGACCUGCAACAUGCAUCUCUAAAUGAAACAUCUAAUUUUGAAGUGACUUCUGUUGAACAUUCAUUUCACAAAGAAAAUACUACUGAACUUAAAAUCAAAAUAAAAAUUAAUGGUACAGACAGAGAAAUUAUUCUUCAGUCCUCAAAAUUUUAUUUAGCUAGUAAAGAUACAAAAGUUUGGUUAGCUGAGAAACGUGAAAAUAAAUUUGAUUAUACGUUACAAAAAGAUAUAAUAGAGAAAGCAAAUGUAACUUUUUAUCAUGACGAAGAAACAAAGUCCACAAUAUCUCAUACAGUAAAUAAAAGAGGAAUUUCAGAAUUUAGGGGUAUUAUUGACUUUGAUAAAGUAAUACUUCCAAUCGAUAAAUAUAUUCAUAACCGUCAUUCAAAUAUUUUGUCGGAAACAUUUCAAAAAUCUGAGAAAGAUAAAGACAAAAAUCAUCAUAUAAUUUAUAAACGAUUUGCAACUACUUUUAAUAAAGAUAAAAUUGCACCAAGUAAGUCUGAUGUGCCAAUGGAAAAUUUAACAUUUAGUACUCCAGAUGUAGUAUAUCCAGAAAUUUUAGUAUAUGUAGAUAAAACUCUUUUUCACGAAUUUGAUAAUGAUAUUGUAAAAAGUGUGGCUUAUAUUCUAACAUUUUGGAAUGGAGUUGAUCUUAUCUUUAGAGACAUUGAAAAACCUUUAGUUCGUUUAAACAUUGCUGGAAUUGUUUUAUGUCAGGAAUCGGUUGUAUCCAAAAGUAAAUUUUUAGAGGACUACUUGAAUGAAAUUAACGAGUUCCAAACAUUUAUGUAUAAAGAAGAAAAAUUCCGAUUGGAAAAAGAUUACGAUAUUGCUGUUUUGAUGGGUGGCGGUCCUGGAACAGGUGGUCCUUUAGGUGUGACAAGACAAGGAGGAGCUUGUACAGAGUAUACUGAUUUGAAGAUGGUUCUAUCUGUGAUGAUGAUACAUGAUUCUGGUUUUUUUUACGGUAUUCACACAGCUACGCAUGAAUUAUCUCAUUUAUUUGGUGCUUCUCACGAUGGUGACCCAGCGCCUGAUUUUAUAGAUGGAUCAGGGGCUGAAACGUGUUCUAAUAAUGACAGUUUUCUUUUGGGUUUUUCUACUCAUAACGAGAACAAAAAUAUUUUUUCCCCAUGCACCAAGAGAAUGAUGUCUCACUUUUUCAGUCUAGAGAGGGCUAAAUGUCUUCUAAAUAAUCCAGCUGUUAAUAGAAGUGAUAAACAAAUAUUAAGAAUAUUGCCUGGUAAAUAUGUUACAAUCGAUGAGCAAUGUCAAAAAUUGGGAUAUCUUGAAGCUGUAAAAAAUUUCCCACUCAAUUGCUUCACAAUAAAGUGCAAGGACACUGACUCAAACUGGUUUAUUGAUGAAAUGGCACUUGAUGGUACUGCUUGUGAUUUGGAAAAAUUCUGUUGGAAAGGAAAAUGUGUGAAAGUAACAUUUAACGAAAAUGACAAUGCAAAACUAUUAUUUCCACCAAAAUAUCAACUGCCUGCUAAUAAAUCUGCUGAUGAACUUGUAAAUCUAUUAUAAAAUUGUAAAUUUAUUUGUAGUUCCUGGUUUGUUACGAAGGCACUCUGCAUUCUUUCGACUAAAAAUGAUUAUAUUUUGUUAGUAUUAAUGAAAUGCGAAUAUUUUAUCAUCAGUGAAUUUAAAAAUAAAUACCUAAA